AGAGGGCGUCGCCGCCAGUGUCAAUGGAGCAUUCACUUCCGCGUUUGUAAAUUGGAAAUCCUACACGUGCAAAAUGUCUCAUCAAACAGGAAUAACUGCCUCUGAAGAUUUGAAGCGCUUCUUUGCCAGUGCUAAAGAUGGCAGCAUUCGACUGAUCAAAAUUGCCAUACAAAAUGAAGAGUUAGUUCUGGAUCACAGUGAACCACCAGUCAAAAGCUGGGAAGAAGAUUACAACAAAUUGAUUCUACGAAAUCUUGAAGACAAGCAACCAUGCUACAUCCUGUUUCGUACAGAUGAUCAUACAUCUCAGGGAUAUGAGUGGAUUUACAUUGCAUGGUCUCCAGACUUCUCCCCUGUUCGGCAGAAAAUGUUAUAUGCUGGGACACGAGCCACAUUGAAAAAAGAAUUUGGAGGUGGUCAGAUUAAACAGGAAUUGCAUGGCACAGUGAAGGAAGAUAUCAACUUGAAUGGAUAUCGAAAACACAUAGAGUCUCAAAAUGCCCCUGCACCUCUAACUAACGAAGAAGAGGAACUGGACAUAAUAAAGAAAACAGAGGUUCAUGCUGAGAUUAAUGUUGGCUCAAAACACCAGACAAUGCAGGGUAUAGCAUUUCCUAUAUCCAAAGCAGCCUGGACAAAACUUGAAGAGCUCAAACAGGGUUUAGUUACCUAUGUACAGUUGAGUGUGGAUGUUAACGAAGAGGUUGUGAACUUGGAAAUGGCUGAAAACAUUAAAGUGGGAAGUCUUCCUUCAAAAGUUCCAAAAGACCAAGCUCGAUAUCAUUUAUUUAAUUUCAAGCACACUCAUGAGGGUGACUACAUGGAAAGCAUAGUGUUUAUCUACUCGAUGCCAGGCUACAAGUGUCCCAUUAAAGAGCGAAUGCUGUAUUCUAGUUGUAAAGCCCCACUCACAGCAACUAUUGAACAAGAUAUAGGAAUUGAUAUUGCUAAAAAGAUUGAAAUAGAUGAUGGCAACGAAUUAACAGAAGAGUUCCUAGACGAAGAAAUUCAUCCUAGAAAAAAUGUUGCUCGACAAGCUUUUGCUAAGCCAAAAGGACCUUCCAACAGAGGACCUCGCAGAAUUCACAAACCUGGGCAGGAAAAUGAAUGAACAUUUAUAGCUAUUUUAUACAGAUAUUACCCAGUUGCAGCAGAGACAAUAAAAACACACUAAGUUACAAUCAUUGUUUUAUUGAACAUGAGUACAUUAAGUUACUAACAUGUAACAAAUUGUGAUAUAUUUUGUGAUUGUUAUAUCUAGGACUUUGAUAUUUGAGGUAUAUAAAAAAAUUAUAUAUUCUUUUAUAAGGAUAGACUCCAGAACAAGUAAAAAUUGUUAACAUUCAAAAUUUCUCAUUCUCUUCUACACAUUUAUUUUUAUUUUUAUUGUAUGUUUUUAGAUGUCUCUUUCACUUUUUGCUAAAUUAUAUGAGAUAAGUUGCUCAGAUUGGUUACUUGCUUAAUAACAUUUCUUCAGUUUCUGCAAUAACAAAAAGCAACUGAAAUAUGUUUACUCAACUGUACACAGUUUAAGGGAUGUUUAUAAUGUACCCCCACAGAGCCUUCAUCUUACCAGAUUGUUCUAAUGGCAUUAACAGUUUAUAAACAUGUGGUUUUGUUCAUUGCACACAUUUAAUUGGAAGAUGGUAGCAAUUGGGGGGGGGGGGGGGGUACAUUUGAUGUUAGAUUCUGAUGAUAGUUUUGAAAAUUGAAUGACCUUUUUUUAAAGUUGAAAUUCUUAUUUCUUUGAGUUAAAAUCGAUUUUAUUAAUGCAAUUAAAACAUUGGGUUGGGGGGGUUAAAGUUUCUGUAUUGCUGUGGUCUGUCAGAAAGUUUAAAAUAACAUCUUCUAUAACAGAAAUCCAUUUCCAGUUGCAAAUGAAUUCACUGUGGAGAAUCUUUACUGUUCUGUAAUCUACUUUUUGUAAGGUGGAGUUGGGCAGCCAUCUUAUCAAAAUUCUAAACAUAGGGCAUUGGGUGGAAGGUGUAGACCUUUGUUCAAUAGUCCUUUAAUGUUUAAGAUCUAAAUCACAUCGUCACAUAGGUGUCGGAAGAUCCCAGUAAAGGGAGAGGGCUACUUGUAUAUUAAUGUGCCUUUCAGCAUGGAGGGAGGGGUGGAGAGGGCAAUGUGUAAUCUUCACAGUUUGUUGGUUUGUUGUGGCAAGUAACUCCACCUGGCCACCCCACUUCCAAUGCCUUAACAUUGACAUGGCCAAAUAAAUUUUCUGAGGGAGUGCACAGAGCUACGUUUACUUGGUUAUUUCCUGAUAGUCUGGUCUUUCCUUUAGUGAAAUAUGUUGAAUAUUCAUAAAUGAGUCUCUUUUUUGUUUUUUUGUCUUGCUUCAUAUUGACUUUCCCAUUAAUAUUCUAACAAAUUUGUUUAUUUUGAAAUGAAACACAUUAUGAUUUCAAAGUGGUUUCUUUUGAGAAAGUGCAAUAUUGACAUUUAUAUAUGGGGGAGGGAAUAAGCAUCUUGCCGAUUUUUAGCCCUUCUUUUUCUUUGUUGCAAUGCUGUUGUUUUAAACUAUUUAUUAAUGUAAUACUGGUAUUUUAGGAUUAUAUAACUAAUAAUGUAACUUGUUUUGGUCAUCCUGAAUUGUGUUUGAGAUAUGUAUGUGGUAUGUGAUCUUAUUAAACUUGUUGAACGAACAUGCCAUCAUGUGGGAUGUUGACUGGUAUUCACUAAAACUGCAGUUCUAUUUCUCUAUCAUAUUACAUGAUUUACCGAGGCAAAAUACAGAUACAACUACAGGUCUAUUAAACGUAUUCAUUUCUGCUAUUAACAGCAAUCACCAUUUGCAUUACAUGCAACUCAUGAAUUUCACGGCCAUUUGUUAACACUAAACACUGUAUUAACUGUAUAAACAUUACAUAUAGUAAUAAAGAAAGGUAUUUCCCCAAAUGGUUAUGCAACAAGAUGAAAGAGAAGAUGGGGUAUUCUGUCAGGAUUUCUUGCAAAUUUAUGGAUACAUUUUUAUAAUUUGUUGUUUAAAAAUUGUCACAGAACAGGAAAUUCAGUGUCCAAGUUCGUAAUACUUUAAACCCAUAGCCACCUAGUUUGGACACUUAUGGUCUGUUUUGUUUUUAUUACUUAUGAUCUGUCAAAUUAUUUUCUGAAAGAAAGUCUGUCUAUGACCAAGUAGAUCCAUAUUACGAGAAGCAGAGCACUACGAAGUAUCAGUUUCAGUGAAAACUAUUUGAAUGUGACCUAGUUUCCAUAUACAUGUAGUCUUUAAAGGAAAUCAAAGAGUGGCAUGUUGAAAAAAAAAAAAGUUUUAUUAUUAAAAAUAUAUCUGAGACUGCUGCAUUAAAUGUUUAGUAACUGAUAUAAUAAACAAAAAACAGAAAUAAAAUCCACUCUCCCUAGUAUAUAGCUACUUUGCCUCCUUAGUUGUGUUACAACACUUUAUUUGUAAUAGACAUCCACUGUCAGUGAAACGAAGUGAAUAUUGGUAUUUACAAGAAUGGUACCUCAGUUGUGACUUAAGGCAUGGGUAUAAAGGGUAUAACGUAACAAUAAUAAAAAAAACUUACUAUUAUCUCAAACAGUUUUAUCUCAAGAUCUGUAAUUUAACACUGGUAUUUGGAUUUGUUUGGUAUUUAAAACAGUGUAUGUCAAAAAAACUAAAUAUGAAAUAUACCUUGGAUGCAUAUUGUCUAAGCAUUGGAUCUAAUGGUUAUGUCGUAUUACAGUUAUUUAUUUUAACUGAUUGACAAAAAUGGAACAAUUUGGAUUCUCUGAUGUAACAUUUAAUGUUUAUGUUAUUCUUUGUCACUGAUAAAAGUCUGGUGGCCAGGAAAACCACAGUAACAUUUAUAGUGCAUCAACAACAUGCAAUAAAUAGGUGCAAUUUAUUGUAACCAUGAUCCGUCCAUUUGUGGAAUGGUACUAACUUAAUUGUUUUAUUUCCAUGACUUUAUUAUCAUCAUAAUUCUGUUUUGAAAUAUGCAGAUGAGAUCAUUAUCUAUUCUUGGUUUCGUGAAGUAAUGUUAUUAGAAAUGUCAAACAUAAUUAUGUUGUUCCUAUUUGGCUCAAUAUUUUCAAUAUCUGUAUACUGUCAAUUUUCGUCUUUUGAUGCAUGAUAUGUUGCAAUGUGAAUGUUCGUACUGUUACAUAACCUGUUUCAUAAUAUUAAGUUGGUGCCUAAUUCAUGUGAUUCCGUUAUUCUAAUAUGCAUGCCAACAUUUGAGUUUUUACUGAAAAAUAUACAAUCAGACUGACUUGUGGGAAUGUCUCUUUUGAGGUGUAAAACUAUUGUGACACUUAUUAUUUCAAACUUAUUGACUUAUUGAAUGGUUUUUAGUAACAAGAUUUUUUUUUAAAACAAAAUUUAUUAAUGCUUUGGGGGAUUCAUCAACAAGUAAUGCCUAUAUUAAGAUCUCUCCCUACAUUUAACAUUUUGACAAAACAUGUCAUAAAAUUAGAUGAAUGAUAGAAAAUAGACAGUCUGACAGAGAGACAGAGACAGACAGACGUACAGACAUAAACAGGCAGAAAGAGAGACAAAUAAUAACAAGAUGACUACAAUACAGGAAAUAUAGUAUUUUCUUGCUCGCCUUGUUGUAAUUGUAUUGGUGAUUUGGAUUUUUGUUUAUUAACAUUCCUAGCCAUGUAAACCUCAUUGUUAUGAUAGACUCAUUGUGGUGCUGCUGUUGGAUGUAAAUUUCAAAAUUGUCUGCUUAAUUUUUUUCUGUCCUGGGACAAGCCCCUGGCUAUCCAGAGACAGGCCCCAGGACGGACAUGCUCGAAACUCUAGUGGUAUAUGAGCAUGUUAAAUUUAUUCGAACUCGCUGUUAAGAGGUCACGGGUGAUGGUGCAGGAUAUUUUGGGUGAAAUGUUAUUAGUUUUCAUAGACUAUGGUAGAUAUAUGUUGUAUUGAGCGUGUCCUUAAAAUUAUAUUUGUGGUGUUAUUCAGGGUUUAGGCUUGACCCAAAUAAUUAGUAGCAAAUGUAGCAAAAUUGAUCAGAAAAUUCAAGUAUCAAUUAGCAAAACAACCAUAAUGGUAACUAAUAUAUAGUGGACAUGUGAGUUAGAAUAGUUUUUAAGUUGAUAAUUAAAUAUUCAUGUAUUUACUAAAUUUAGCUUUAAUUUGGCAACCAUUUACACCAAUUUAGUUCACAUAUCAUGUACUAUGUACAUUAUUUCAAAGAACAUUUAUUGUGAAAAAAGAAAUAUGUUUGGCAAUGAGUCAUGUUUUUUUGUUCUUUCUUUCUUGUGAACAUACAACAAACCAAUAGUCACCCAUUCAAUAGGACUGCUCAUGCAGUAACACAGAGCUCAUCCUGCCAGGGCACACAUUCGUUCUAAAAUUGUUAUUUUGUAACAUGUCUUAAAUACUGGAAAUGAUCUAAUACACCCAUAUAGCAUCAGUUUAUUGGUCCAACAUUGAUUAUAGUCACAGUCAGAAAUUCACUGUUGCAUCAAGUAUGGUUAAUAAACCAUGGAAUACUGAUGGUCAUACCACCUUGCAAGCUUAAACAAAACAAAAUUCCAAUGAUGUAAUCUGUGUUGACUACUAUAAUAAAAUACUAUGUGUGUACUUAAAUAAACGUUUAAUUCACUUACUUGUAAGAAAAUCAUGACCUUAGCCUUCCAAGCUAGUCUGUUGUCAGUGUUAUAUAAUUUCUCUGCAGUUGAAGAACUCCCUUGUCUGGGUGUUCGUAAUCGGAUUGUUUGGCUUUGCUAUGUUAUUUAGUCUUGCAGUGAUAGUCGCAAGACGGUGGCAUACGAAUGUUUAUAACAUGAUGUUAUAUUGUAAAUAAUAUUAUAUCAGUAUUUGUUGAUUAAGUUUUAAUAUAUUUGAAAGUAAACAUUUUGAAACAAUG